UUUAACUUUUGGAGAUAUUUAUCUCUAUUUAAUCGACACACCAUCCAUCUACAACAAAGAUUCAAUGAAAGCCUACAAAUCGCUGGAAGCAUACAAGUAUGUUGUUAGCGGACAUGUGCAGGUUGUGCUGUCAAAUCCAGUAGAUGACAAGUGCCCUUUCAUUGCAUUGAAAUCUAAAGUGACUCCUUCGCAGAGGGCAAGGGACAAGCCACAUGAGCCAUGGGUUUUCUUGGAGAAAAACAGCGGCACAGUUUACUGUGCACACUGUACCUGUAUGGCCGGGUUAGGUGAAGUAUGCAGCCAUGUUGGAGCUCUUUUGUUCAAGAUCGAGAUGGGUGUUAAGAUGGGUAUGACCCAAACCAGCUCAACCAGUAAAGCUUGUCAGUGGAAUAGCACUUUUCGAAAAGAGUGUAAGACUGCACCAAGUAUGGUCAUUGUACGACUGUCCAUUGAUGUCGACUUCUGUCAGAGUCUGAUUGCUAAAUGUGAACAUUUUGUAAACAACUUUGUCAAAAAUGAGUUGGUGUCUCGCAAACUGGAAAACCAGCCAGUAGUUACUUCUACCCAUAAAGAAGAUAACAGUGAUCAAACAUGGUGCAUUUGUGCUGAAGUAGAAUAUGGUCGAAUGAUCAAGUGCGACAAUGAAGACUGCCCAUAUCAGUGGUUUCACUACAAGUGUGUGAACAUUCGCAGGAAGCCUAGAGGAAAAUGGUUUUGUGCUAGCUGUGACAAAUAA